GUUCAGAUUAAUAAAUAGGGAGAACUAUUCUCAGUUCAUCUUCAUUCACAUCAUCAGAAUCAAACUUGGAAAUUAGAAGUUUCAACUUUCAGUACAUAUUUCAUUUUCACAAAAAUGGAAAAUAGGCUCUCCCAAAAAAGAGUGUCAUUUUCUGAUCCACAAUCAAUGAAAUACACACGAGAUGAUGAGCAUGUAACUGCAGUUGCAGCUGCUGCAUUUGCCAUUCAUUCAUUAGAGGAAGCAAGGUUGCUUAAUCUGCAGAAAAAUCUGCAAAAAAUGAGAGAGGGUCCCAAAAUUUCAAAGAAUCUUACUGUGAGAGGAGAAGAGGAGAACACAUCAAGGAAGCUGAGUAAUGGGGAAACUUCAAUGAAAAGGUCAUUUGGAGAAGACCCUCCAAGGAAAACAGAAAGUGCUAUUCCUGAAAGACGUCCAAGUAGUAUAUCCUCAGCAGCAGGGUAUCAAAGGAAGAAAGGGAUUCCAAUACAAAACAAAAAUGACAUGGCAAAAGCAGAAGCUUGGGAAAAGGCCAAGAUAGAAAGGAUUCAAAAGCGGUAUGGGAAGUUAAAGUCCAAUAUCCUUUCUUGGGAGAGUGAGAAAAAGAUUGAAGCCAAAGUACACAUGGAAAAGAAGAAGAAGGAAUUGGAGCACAGAAGAGAAAUGGAAAUACUACAUUACAAGAAUAAGAUAGCAAGGAUAGAUAUGGUAAAAAAAGGAGCAAUAACACAGUUGGAAGACCACAGAAGAAAAGAAGAGUCCAAGGUCAGAGAAAAAGCAAACAAAGUCAGAAAAACAGGAAAGGCCCCCAUCAAAUGUUUCUGCUUCAAAUCUUUCUAGGAUCAAGUCAUGGAGCUGGAACCCAAGAAUUAGAAAUGGUUCAAAAAACUUCCACCCCAACCAAGCUUCUGAAAUCUAAUGAUAGCAUACAUAACUAAGAUUAAUUGUACAUAGAUGAUGCGAUCCUACCUUGCUGCCCAAAUUGUUCAUAAUGUAUUAUAAUUGUUCAAAUUUCA